CCUAGAGGUACUAGGUGUUGUGCCCUUAGGACUCCUUAGUUUGGUGUCUGGUGAGGACACACAGACAUUUCAAAAGGGGGAGGGUGUAACCCUGUUAAAAUCUGUUCAUGUAAUGUAUGCGGAAAUAAAUAAGUUCAUAGUUCGUAAAUGGUAUUUGUUACAAAUUCGUUAAACAGCAAAUGAGGUUUGACGUUUAAAAUUGUUUAAGAAAGAAAAAGACAAAAGUUGUAUAUUUUAUUUCUGUAACCUUUUGUGAGGGAAGUGAUCACAUCUCCGGUGAAUGGACAGGAAAUGAGGUGAGAGGAAAACGUGAGGGAUACGUGGUGGAGAGAGCAAGAGAAAAGUGAGAGAGAGAGACGAGCGAAAGAGAUGCAGGUGUACACUGCGGACUGUUAAGCCAGCUUUUAUCAUCGUUCAGUGAAAGUGCUCGACAAGGACUCUUUUCCAAAACCUGAAUGGUGGUGAAGUUGGUGAGUUUGAGUGGAAAACUCAACCGAGGACUGACGUUAGCCGAGUGAGCUGCUAAUACAGUGGCUAAUGCUUUCGCCUGUGCCAUGCUAAGAAGCUAGCAACCCGCGAACUCAAUUAGCAGAGCCUGUGUGAAGCUGUGAGCGGACGACGAGGACAGAGAGCCGACGGAGCCGGUCAGCGCUGUGUGUGAGGACUGUGCCUGCAUCGUCUGCUGCGUGUUUCCCCUCGUCUUCCAGGCGAAUCGCCUCUUCUCAUCUUCUUCUCCUGCGUCCUUGACUGUGGCUCCUCUCGUCGGCUGGCUUUCUGUGAGAGGAUAACUUCCCCCAUAUCCCACAGCUGAACCAGGCCGGGGAACUACUGCAACACUAUGGAUAUUGGAGCUUGUCCCUUCAGGAAGAAACGGAGACCAUGGCACAUGGACCUCUCUUCCUUCGCCUUGGUAACUCUGGCGCUCGCCGUGUGCCAAACUUCUGUGGUUCGGGCAGACCCAGUGGAUGUGUUACGGGCUCUGCAGGUUCCCUCCCUCCCGGAGGGUGUGAAGAAGGUCGCUGGCUUCUGCACAUCCCGUCGCUCUGGCAGCCCCGAUCACGCUUUCCGCAUCACCAAGAAGGCCCAGAUCUCCGCCCCCACCAAGCAGCUCUUCUCAGGUCAUUUCCCGGAGAAUUUCUCCGUCAUGGCUCUGGUGAAGGCCCAGGCUGGCCUCCAGGCCUUCCUCCUCUCCAUCUACAGCGAGCAGGGCGUCCAGCAGCUGGGUGUUGAACUGGGACGUUCACCUGUUUUCCUGUACGAGGACCAGAACGGCAACCCAGCCCCUGAGGACUACCCACUCUUCAAAGGCAUCAACCUGGCUGAUGGCAAGUGGCAUCGUAUUGCUUUCUCUGUUUCCAAGAAGAACGUGACACUGCUGCUGGACUGCAAGAAGAAAAUGACCAGACCCCUGCCCAGGGGCAACAAGGCAGUGAUUGACACCAAUGGCAUCACGGUGUUUGGAGCCCGCCUGCUGGAUGAGGAGGUUUUCCAGGGAGACAUCCAGCAGCUGCUGAUUGCCUCCAACCCUCAGGCUGCCUAUGACUUCUGUGAACACUACAGCCCCGACUGUGACUCCCCUCUGCCCCAAACCCAGGCUCAGGACCCCAACACAUACAAGAAGGCACUCAAUGGAAAAGCAGCUUCUACUAAAUCCACCUUUGUAAAAACCAAGCCCACUCCAGCUAAGCCUGCCAAGUCUGGGCCAUAUAAACUCGUUGUCAAGCCGCCUAUGCCCACCAAAGCUACCAAGCCAUCCAAAGCAAAACCCACUGCAGUAGAGACCCUCCUGUCUAAAAUCAAACCAACAGGAGCAGCUAAAUCUAAGCCCACAGCUGCCCCAGCUAAGAAUGGCAAUGGUAAACCAGCUGCUGUGAAGAAAGCAAAUGGGAAUGGGAAAGCUCCAGCUGGGGCCAACCCAACAGCUCAGGCCAAAGUCAAUGGAAAUGGCAAUAGUAAGGUUGUAGCUGAGAAGAAAGCUGCUGUUGCCUCUAAGACUAAUGGCAAUGGAAAACCUACAGCAGAGAAGAAAGCCAAUGGAAAUGUCAAAACUGCCACUGAGGUUAAAGUCAAAGCUAAUGGCAAAGCUGAGAAUAAAGUCAAUGGUGGGGCUAAGGCUAACGGCAACCACAAAUCUACGACAACAGUAGAAAAGCAAGUCGCUAAUAAUCAGGGUGCCAAUCAGGCAAAAAUUCAAACCACUGUGGUCAAAGCCACCAAAGCACCUAAACCCACAAAAACAUCAAAACCAGAACCUGCAAAAGCAAAAACCCAAGGCAGGGGAGAGGUCAAAGAAGUCACCAAAGUUAAAAAUGUGGUGACCAAAGUCAAGAUUACCCCCCUGACGAGAACACCUGCAACAUCUGCCCCCGUCCAGCCCAAUCCACCCAGACCCACAAAAGCUAACGUGCUAUUGGACACGAAUGUCAAAUCGCAGCACAAACCUUUCCCACCGUUUGGCAGCACUGCGCAGAGUGGAACUGCAGUCCCGCGGAAGAAACUUACCAACGGUUAUCAGCAGGAUGUAGACACUGAAUAUUCUGAGGCUGGCCACACCCCUACAGAGACUGAUUAUUACUAUGAGGAGACCUUCCCACAGCCAGAGGGUGAGGUGGUUGGACAAGAAGAGAACGCUGUACAGCCCCAGGUGGAGCCAGCGCUGGUGGGAGAAGAGGUAGAUGCCACCAAGGCUGGCGGUACAGGCGAAGAGUUCUUUGCUGAGGAGUAUGCGACCGGGAACGUGGGCCCUGAGGAAUAUGACUAUAACUACAGGGACUACAAUGAGCCGUUACCAGAGACCGGAGAGGUUGAAGGCAAUGUUGGCCCCGCCCUGUCUGCUGUGACAGACGAGGGAGGCGCUGCCGUUAGAGGCCAGAAAGGAGAGAAAGGAGAACCUGCUGUGUUGGAGCCUGGUAUGCUGAUUGAAGGACCUCCAGGACCCGAGGGACCUGCUGGCCCUACUGGACCUCCUGGAUCUUCUGGACCUCCUGGAUCUGUCGGUGACCCUGGAGAGAGAGGCCCUCCUGGUAGGCCUGGACUUCCUGGAGCUGAUGGAGUUCCUGGACCUCCUGGAACCUCUCUCAUGCUGCCAUUCCGUUUUGGGCAGAGUGGAGGCGAUAAAGGACCUGUUGUUUCUGCACAGGAAGCCCAGGCAGCAGCUAUCUUAUCUCAAGCCAGGAUGGCUCUGAAAGGGCCUCCUGGACCAAUGGGAUUCACUGGACACCCUGGACCCCUGGGAAGUCCAGGAACUCCUGGUUUGAAAGGAGAGCUCGGUGACCCUGGUCCUCAGGGUCCCAGAGGAAUCCAGGGUUUGAUGGGUCCUCCAGGCAAAGCAGGAAGAAGAGGCCGUGCCGGAGCUGAUGGUGCCAGGGGGAUGCCAGGAGAGCCUGGAAUUAAGGGCGACCGUGGUUUUGAUGGUCUUCCUGGUUUGCCCGGUGACAAAGGACACAGGGGUGACUCAGGACCAAUGGGACCACCAGGGGGCCCCGGAGAGGACGGAGAGAGGGGGGAUGAUGGAGACGUUGGACCCAGGGGUCUCCCAGGUGAACCAGGUCCACGUGGUUUACUUGGACCCAAAGGUCCUCCUGGCGUCCCAGGACCUCCUGGCGUGCGAGGAAACGAUGGACCUCACGGCCCCAAAGGAAACCUGGGUCCCCAAGGUGAGCCAGGACCUCCGGGUCAGCAGGGAACCUCAGGAACUCAGGGAAUGUCAGGACCUCAGGGGCCCACUGGACCCCCAGGAGAGAAGGGUCCCACCGGAAAACCAGGUCUUCCAGGAAUGCCUGGAGCUGAUGGGCCUCCUGGUCACCCAGGAAAGGAGGGGCCUCCUGGCACCAAGGGAAACCAGGGUCCUAACGGUCCUCAGGGAGCUAUCGGCUAUCCUGGUCCUCGGGGCAUCAAGGGAGCUCAAGGAAUCCGCGGCCUGAAAGGCCACAAAGGAGAAAAGGGAGAAGACGGUUUCCCAGGAAUUAAAGGAGAUUUCGGAUCCAAAGGGGAGCGGGGAGAGAUUGGAGUACCAGGGCCUCGAGGAGAGGAUGGUCCAGAGGGACCAAAGGGUCGUGUUGGACCCCCUGGUGAGAUUGGAACUAUUGGCCUGGUUGGUGAGAAGGGUAAACUUGGUGUGCCUGGACUUCCUGGAUAUCCUGGAAGACAAGGACCGAAGGGAUCUUUGGGAUUCCCAGGAUUCCCUGGUUCAAAUGGAGAGAAGGGGACACGAGGUCCUACCGGCAAACCAGGUCCAAGAGGACAAAGAGGCCCAACGGGCCCCAGAGGGCAGAGGGGGCCGAGGGGCGCCACAGGGAAAGCAGGAGCAAAGGGAACCUCAGGAAGUGAUGGUCCUCCUGGUCCUCCUGGGGAGAGGGGAUUGCCAGGACCUCAGGGAGCCAAUGGUUUCCCCGGACCAAAGGGACCUCCUGGACCACCAGGAAAGGAUGGGCUGCCAGGACAUCCUGGGCAGAGAGGAGAAGUUGGUUUCCAGGGUAAAAUGGGUCCACCUGGGCCUCCUGGUGUUGUUGGACCUCAGGGUCCAUCAGGAGAGACUGGCCCCAUGGGUGAGCGUGGCCAUCCUGGACCCCCAGGUCCACCUGGCGAGCAGGGUCUCCCUGGUCCCUCAGGGAAAGAGGGCACCAAGGGCGACCCUGGACCUCUAGGACGCCCUGGUAAAGAUGGUCCUCCAGGACUGAGAGGCUUCCCAGGAGAGAGAGGACUUCCUGGAACCCCUGGUGGUGCAGGACUGAAGGGAGGUGAAGGACCUACUGGACCUCCAGGACCUGCUGGCUCUCCUGGUGAGAGGGGGCCAGCUGGUACCGCUGGACCUGUUGGACCUCCUGGCAGACCAGGCCCUCAGGGCCCACCUGGACCAGCUGGAGAGAAGGGAGUUCCUGGUGAGAAAGGCCCUAUUGGCCCAGCAGGUCGGGAUGGAGUUCAGGGUCUUGUGGGUCUGCCCGGCCCUGCCGGACCCGCUGGUGUUCCCGGCGAGGACGGAGAUAAGGGUGAGGUUGGAGAGCACGGUCAGAAAGGUGCUAAGGGAGCAAAAGGAGAGCAUGGUCCUCCUGGUCCCCCCGGGCCGAUAGGUCCUCUCGGUCAGCCUGGUCCAGCCGGCGCCGAUGGAGAGCUGGGACCGAGGGGGCAGCAGGGCCCUUUUGGAGCUAAAGGUGAUGAGGGAACCCGAGGAUUCCCAGGAGCACCAGGACCCAUCGGACUCCAGGGGUUGCCAGGACCACCAGGUGAGAAGGGAGAGACCGGAGAUGUAGGACCUAUGGGUCCUCCCGGCCCUCCAGGACCUCGGGGCCCUGCUGGACCAAACGGAGCUGACGGUCCUCAGGGUGGUCCUGGUGGUAUUGGUAAUCCUGGACCUGUCGGAGAGAAGGGAGAGCCCGGUGAGGCCGGACCACCUGGAAUCGUAGGAGAGCCUGGAAAGAAGGGUCCUCGUGGGGAGCGCGGGGAGAAGGGAGAGGCCGGACAACCUGGAACUGCUGGAUCUCCCGGAGGACGAGGAGGACCAGGAGAUGAUGGGCCCAAAGGAAACCCAGGCCCUGUUGGGUUCCCUGGUGAUCCUGGCCCUCCCGGUGAGGUUGGCCCCAGAGGUCAGGACGGCGCCAAAGGAGAGAGAGGAGAGGACGGUGAACCAGGAGAGCCCGGCACCCCCGGACCUCCUGGAGAGAAUGGACCUCCUGGCUCCCCAGGAAAGAGGGGUCCUGCUGGUGCGAGAGGAUCAGAGGGACGUCAGGGAGAGAAGGGAACCAAGGGAGAUCCAGGUGCAGUUGGCCCCCCAGGAAAGACUGGCCCUGUGGGCCCCCAGGGUCCACCAGGAAAAGCAGGAACAGAAGGUCUCAGGGGACUCCCAGGAUCAGUGGGUGAGCAGGGGUUACCUGGACCUGCUGGGCAGAAAGGACCACCUGGACCUUUGGGACCACCUGGUUUACCUGGCCUGCAUGGAGACCCCGGUGCCAAGGGAGAGAAGGGACACCAAGGUCUUAUUGGACUCAUUGGACCCCCAGGAGAGCAGGGAGAGAAGGGAGACCGAGGUCUUCCUGGGCCCCAGGGGUCCAGUGGACCCAAAGGAGAGACUGGACUUCCUGGAGGCACGGGACCCCUCGGCCCUGCUGGUCCUCCUGGUCUUCCUGGUUCUCAAGGUAUCAAAGGAGCUAAGGGUGCCACUGGAGGUGCUGGACCAAAGGGAGAAAAGGGAGUACAAGGACUUCCUGGACCUCCUGGCCCACCGGGCGAGGUCAUUCAGCCGCUGCCAAUCCAGAGGAGUCCCAAGACCAAACGCUCCAUCGAUGCCAGCCAGCUGGUGCCUGAGUUUGAUCCUGACAUGCCUGCGUCUGACACCGCUGGCACCGAGUUCCCAAUGGGCAGCGAAGGCAUGGAGGAGAUCUUUGGCUCGCUCGACUCACUUCGACAAGAGAUCGAGUCGAUGCGUUUCCCUCUGGGCACCCAGCACAGUCCCGCACGUACCUGCCAGGACCUGCACCUCAGCCAGCCAGACCUCAAAGAAGGAGAGUACUGGAUCGACCCCAAUCAGGGCUGCUCCAGAGACUCCUUCAAGGUCUUCUGUAAUUUCACUGCUGGAGAGACAUGCCUGUACCCCAGCAAGGACAUCAACACGGUGGAGAUGAGCUCCUGGGACAAAGAGACUCCAGGGUCGUGGUACAGUCAGUUUUCCUCUGGCAGUAAGUUCUCCUACGUCGACUCUAACGGCGAGCCCGUGGGUGUAGUCCAGCUGGGCUUCCUGCGCAUCUUGAGCGUCCAGGCCCGCCAGAACCUCACCUAUCACUGUCACCGCUCAGUGGCCUGGGCUGACCGAAGCACCAAGAACAACUACAAAAGGGCGCUGCACUUCCUGGGUGCAAACGACGAAGAGCUGAGCUACGAGACCAACCCUUACAUCAAAGCCUUGCUCGAUGGCUGCUCUUAUCGUAAAGGCUUCGACAGGACGGUCCUGGAGAUCAACACGCCACAGCUGGAGCAUCUUCCUCUGCGGGACAUCAAGGUGUCAGACUUUGGGGACACAAACCAGCAGUUUGGCUUUGAAGUGGGACCUGUGUGUUUCCAAGCCUGAAAACACACACACACACACUUAGAGACACAGAGACACACAUAUGAUAAACAUUCAUGCCCAGUAAUUUGUAAAUUAAUUUGUAAAUGAUAUAAACACACACACACGUAAGCAGUUGCUGUUGUGAAACAAACACACACUCACAGUAAAGUUUGUGCCUGGGAAAGCGACAUCCUCCCAACAAUGGAUGUAACAUUAACAAAAAAAAGAGGAGAGAAAUUUGAAAAUGCCACGGAGAGGAGACCUUUGACCUUCGACCUUUUGCACAGCCAUGAGAAACAAAGAAAAAACAGGAGGGAACAUUUCCUCAAAAUAAAACAGUGUUUUCUUUAAAUCACCGGCCGGAGAGAGCCCCCCCCCAUCGCUGAUCCCCCCUCUCACUCCUCUCUCCUCCCCACUGUCUCUGUUUUUCCCUUUGCCCCCCCAACAUCUCUUUCCAACAUGGCUCACACUCAGUCCCACUUCCUUAAUCCCACAUUCACACUGCAAGCAGCAUGAGUGACGGCCACUCUUCCAUCAGUGACGAGCUCUGAGAGGCUGCAGCCAUCUUAUCCAGGAUGCAGCUGAAUCUGAUUCACGUCUCUGUAAGGUGGUCCACUGUGGAAGUCCAGUGACCUCUCAGUCGUGCUGUUUACAGAGUGACAUUGAGACCUUUUUACACUACAAGGAACCAAAGAAAACGACGCCCAGCAGAAACACAGGGAGCCGAUCACUGAGGUUAAUGUGAGGCGCAGGAUUUACUCAUAUUUCAGUGGGACAAUCACUCCUCCAGCCUGAGAGGAGCAAAGACGUACUGAUGCAUGCAGCGAGGCGGUGUGAUCAAAGCCAUUGAUUCUGUAAACUGUAAAUGCAGAGCAGCUAUGUUUGCAUGUUCCUGGUGCCUUUUUAAUCGGUUAGAGGGUUCUAGCUACACACCCUGCACACCGCUCCAGUGUUUGCUGAACAUCAUCAGUGUUGAAUGUGUGUCUGCCCUUCAGCUCCUCCUGUUUCUCUGCAGCAGUGAAUAAAAUGCAUGUUUUACUGUGUGGCAGGUCGUAGCAUCCACUCAGACUCCUUCCUUUCCUUUAGUCUCUUCCAGUUUCAUGGAGCGUUCAUGGGAAGAUGUGCAUUACAUUCCAUUUGUACAGAAAUAGUGAUAUUCUAUUGUAUUUAUUUAAAACUAACAGGUGCUUUGAGAUUAAAAACAAGAACCAACAAAUAUUUCAGUCAAAUGUGGUGUGUAUUUAUUUCCUGCAGCUGUGGGAACUCCUCUGUAUGAGUAGAAGAAUCUGUGGCCACGUUACUGUAAAAGCUCUUUACUGUACUGUGCUGUUACCUCCUGCUUCACUGCAAUGAUUAAACAGUGACUCUCCA